AUGGCUGGUUCAUUUUCAUUUGUUGAUGAUCUUAUACGUGAUUAUCUUAAUUAUCGUGGUCUAACAAGUACUUUACGAACAUUCGAUAAUGAAAUAUCAAAAAAUCCAAUUGGACAAUUUCGUGCUGAUCGUAUAACAGAACAAUUAACAUUAUAUAUUCAUCAAUUUGAUAUAAAUAAUUUAAUUGAUUAUUGGACACAAAUUGAACAACAUCUUUUAUCAGCAUUAAUUAUACGUUCACAACAACAAACAAAUGUUCUAACAAAAAUUCGUACAAAUUUAUAUCGUUGUUAUUUAAUACAUGCAAUACAAUCAUCAAAAACGGAAAAAAUCAAUGAAUUUUUUGAUCGUUUAGCUAAAAUUUUACAACAAUCAAAUGAAUGGACGAAAGAAUGGUUUGCAUUACCAUUUAUAAAAAAUCCCGAAGAGAAUUCAAUAUUUCAAUUAUAUUUUUCUAAACAAUGGAAUGAUCUUUUUUGGAUUUCAUUACAAAAUUUUCUAUCAACAGCGUUUUAUCAUAUGACACCACCGAAGAUCUGUUCAUUAGAAGAAAAUAAUGCACAACAAUUUGGAAAUUUAAUUAGUCAACAAACAACAAAUUCGAAAACUUUACUUCCACCUUCAGCUCGUAUUGAUCCAUCAAUAUCUCAAUUUGCUGAAGUUGUUGAUGAAAUUCAAAUAUCUCCAAAUCCAUCUACGAAUGAACAACAACGUCAAACAAAUUCAACAAUUAUAUCAAAAUUUCGACAUAAUUUUUUACCUAAUACAAAACAAACAACAUCACGAAAUAAAUUACCAUCUAAAACAAGUUUUGCUCAACGUUCACAAGAAUCAACAACUGGUAAUCAAAUUUUAUUAUCAACAGAUGAUACAACAAUAUCACAAGUACCAAUUUUACCAACAACAACAGCAACAACAUCAUCUCUUUUAACUACACGACCUAAAUCAGCAUCGUUUAUUCAUGAUGAUGCUCAUAUCGAUAUGAAUGAAGAGAGGUUGAUUCAUUUGGCAGAAUUAAAACAUCAUUCAGGUACAAUUAUUGACUGUAAAUUAAAUAUGGAUGGUUCAUUUUAUUCUACACUUGAUGUUCAAAGUCAUGUUAAAAUCUGGUCAACUUCUGAUGAUUUUGAUAUAAUUACUUCGCUUACAUCUCGUUCAGCACUUCAAUGUCAAGCAUUUGAUACUCAUGAACCAUUCUUGUAUCUUGGUACAUCAGUAUCAACUAUUAAAGUAUUCCAUAUAACAGAAAAACGUAUUGUAAACGAAGCAAUUAUCGAUAAAAAUUAUCCGAGAAUAAUGUAUCUUCAGCCAUAUACAAAUCAAAAUCGUCUUUUUGUUUCACUAGCAAGUACAAGUCGUUUAAAUACAAUAGAUAAUAAUCGUAUACGUUCUGGUCGUGUAUCUAUUCUUGAUUUAAAUACAUGGUCUGUUGAACGUGUGUUAGCGGAUGAUGAUGAAAAUUUUGUUACAUGUUUAAAUAUACAUCCAGAUAAACAAUUACUUGUUUUAGGUUUUAAUGAUGGAAAAGUAGCAUUAUAUGAUAUUCGUUCAAAUACAUUGAUUCAUCAAAAACAACAACAUUCACGUUUUAUUCAAGAUAUCCAUUUUGUCAAUGAUUAUUUGUAUACAAUUGGAAACGAUAAUAUAAUUGUUCAAUCAAAUCUAUCUUCAUUUGAUCAAGUAGUAAAAUCUUAUGAAUUACCUUAUUCAGCUGUUGGACCAUUUCAAACAUCAACUUCCGUAUCACCCAGUGAAACUAGUACACCUCUGUUUUCUGCUCAAAAAAUAUUUCCAUUUAAUAAUAACAGUAAUAAUUUAUUUCCAAUUGGUAGUGUUUUCGAUAUUGAUCCAUAUGAUUCUGAUCGUUUAAUAACAUGUAGUCCGAUCAAUGCUCGUUUUUAUCGUUUAUCAAGUAAUAAUGUAGAUGAUAAACUUCGAUUUCCAACAUUACCAAAUUCUUCUUUCGAAAAUUUUGAGUUAAAUUUUCCAAGUACAUGUGUACAUUGGAAUAAAGACAAAGAUAUGUGUAUGACAGCACAUACAAAUGGAAUAAUUCAAUUAUAUCGACGAAUAAAUAAACCUGAUAUAUAA